AAAAGUUGAACGCACACUGAGCUCCACCUCUUCUCUCUCUGAAGUCUAAGCUAGUCUCUGUCGGAUCUCACAGUGGAUAUUACAUUCUCACAUCGAUCCGAGUCGAGUCGCUACUGACUCAAAAUGCCGAGUCGACUCAUCCUCCUCAUUUCUCUCUCUUCCCUUCUUCUCUUCUCUCUCUUACUCACCCCUUCACUCGCCAAACCUCCUGCCUCUGCCGCCGACGACGAUGACGCAGACCUCAGCUUCCUCGAAGCCGACGACGAAACCGACGCCGCACAGCACAACACUUUCCCAACCGACACCUUCUCCGACAACGAAGAUUUCGACGACGAGGAGGACUUCGAAAAUUACGACGAUUUCGAAGUCCCGUCGGCGUUCGACAACGAGGCGGAGGAGGAAGAUGAAGGUCCUAAGUUCGACGAUAAAGACGUCGUCGUUUUGGGGGAUAGAAACUUUACUGACUUCGUGGAGGACAAUAAGUAUGUGAUGGUGGAGUUCUACGCGCCGUGGUGUGGGCACUGCAAGGAACUCGCUCCGGAGUAUGCCACCGCGGCGACGGAGCUGAAGUCGGAGAAUGUGCUGUUGGCCAAAGUCGACGCCACGCUGGAAAAUGAGCUGGCAGAGAAUUAUGAAGUUCAAGGAUUUCCUAGUAUUUAUUUUUUUGUUGAUGGUGAACACCAACCUUAUAAUGGCCAAAGAACCAAAGAUGCAAUUUUGACUUGGAUCAAGAAGAAGAUUGGACCUGGCAUUUACAACAUAACAACAACAGAGGACGCAGAGCGUGUACUAACCUCUGAGAACAAAGUUGUUUUGGGGUUCCUUGAGUCCCUGGUGGGUCCUGAAACUGAGCAGCUUGCAGCUGCUUCAAAACUUGAAGAUGGCCUUAACUUUUACCAGACAACAAAUCCUAACGUGGCUAAGCUAUUCGCCAUUGAAGAUAUUGCUAAACGCCCUGCUCUAGUCUUUCUUAAGAAGGAAGUGGAGAAAGUGGUGCAUUAUGAUGGUCAAUUCACCAAGUCUGCAAUAGCUAAGUUCGUAUCUGCUAAUAAGCUUCCUCUUGUGACAACUUUUACUAGAGAUACAGGGCCUUCAAUUUUUGAGAGUCCAAUUAAGAAGCAGGUCUUGCUUUUUGCCACAACAAAUGAUACGGAUAAAGUAUUCCCAACAUUUCAAGAAGCUGCAAAACUUUUCAAGGGAAAGCUUAUCUUUGUUUUUGUCAAUAUGGAUGAUGAAGAAGUUGGAAAACCAGUAUCGGAUUAUUUUGGAGCCACUGGAGAUUCUCCAAAGGUUAUUGGAUAUACAGGUAAUGAGGAUCCCAGGAAAUAUAUUUUUGAUGGGGAGAUCACUGUUGAGAAGCUUAAGGCGUUUGGAGAGGACUUUCUGGGAGGCAAGCUUAGAGCUUUCUAUAAAUCAGACCCUAUUCCUGAGAAUAAUGAGGGGGAUGUGAAGAUAGUAGUGGGGAACAAUUUUGAUGACAUUGUUCUAGAUGAGUCAAAAGAUGUGCUUCUGGAGAUCUAUGCACCAUGGUGUGGUCAUUGCCAAGCUCUAGAACCAACAUAUAACAAGCUCGCAAAGCACUUACAUGGCGUUGAGUCUCUUGUUAUAGCCAAAAUGGAUGGUACCACAAACGAGCACCCUCAGGCAAAGGCUGAAGGAUUUCCUACACUCCUCUUCUUCCCAGCUGGGAAUAAGAGCAUCAAUCCUAUUCCAGUUGAUGCUGACCGAACUGUGGUGGCGUUGUACAAGUUUAUCAAGAAACAUGCAUCUAUUCCUUUCAAGCUUCCAAAACCAGCUUCUUCAACUACAUCGGAGAGUUCCGAAGCCAAAGAAGGUGCCAACGUCGAUUCUAGCCAUGGAAAAGACGAACUAUGAAAAUUACAUAGGUCUGUUACUUUUUCUUGGUUAUUCUCCUAGCUUCUUGUAGUAGGACUAGAUAAACGGGCUAGAUAGAUAACCACGGAACAUUUUUCUUUUCUUCCUUUUAUUUCUUAUUUGAGUUUAAAGUUUUCUGUCACUCUAUCAAUGAUGUUGUAAUCAAUAGAAGCUGUUUUUGGAUAAGAUGUACUCAAAAAACAUAAGUAUAACUAGUGACACACGAUGCUGAGACUUGACAAAUGAA